AUGUCGCACGACAGCUGGAAGGACGACGAGGUGUACCGGGACCACUUCGAGGCGGCUACAAGGUCACACACGAAUACACAUGUGCUCGAUGCUUUGCACAGGUCGGAAGCUGCCAGCUCAUUCACAGAAUUGCAAACUCGUGGCUCAUCGAAUAUACCAGUAUCUGCAUCCCUUGCUGGAGUUACAAGGCCACACACGGAACCACACGUACUUGAUGCUUUAUGCAGGCCUCCUCCGCCCCACGCUGAAGUUGCCAGCUUCACAGAGUUGCAACCUCUUGAUUCAUCGUACAGGCCAGUAUCCACAUGUGUGACUGGAACUACAAGGUUGCACGCAGACCCACAAGUGCUCGCCUUCAUGGAAAGGAUAUUACAAAUACUGAAUGGUAUUAAGCAGACCCAGCAGGCCCAUUCACAAUAUCUUAAUGAGCUGCUCAGCAAUGCAGACAGUGCUCCGUCGCACCCUUGUCACCUCCCAGAGUUGCCUUUUUCGGAUGUGGCAGACGUGCUCGACUAUGAGAAAAAACUACAGACAGACAAACAAGCUCACAUCAGAUGGUAA